AUGUCAGAAAUUCAAUCAAAAAUCGAUUCGUUGCAAGAAUUAAAUUCUCAACUCAUUGCCACAAUUUCCGAGCUUAGAAAGGAGAACGCCAAGAUUAAAGCUGAAAAUGUGGAGCUGAAGCAGAUUAUUGAGGAGAAUGUAAAACGCAAUUUUAGAGUCAAGGAACUAGAGCAAAAGAAUAUAGAGCUUGAGACCAGACUCGCUAUAUUAGAACAGGGAGAAAAAGGUAUUUCUACAAAAGAUGUUUCGCAAUCUCCAGUAAAUUCCAACAAUACUCCUGAUGCUCCAUCAUCUGAUGUAUUUGAUAAUGCUUCAAAUUCUGAUGUAUAUCAGGAGUCUUUGACACAGCCAGAGGCCUUGAUUACAUCAGCAGAGUUGGCACGGCCAAAAUACUCCAUUCGCACAGAGACUAAAUCACCAGAGGACAAGGAGGUGGAUGACUUUCACAAUUCACUAUACAAGGAAAGGGUUAAUAAAGAAAUAAUUCAGAGUAUUAAAGAAAAGAAACUUCGGGAUCAAAAUUCAGACUUAUCUUUAGUUAAUCACAAUAUUUCUUCAGCGAUAGCUGAAUCAUAUAACAAUGAAGCUAAACAUCGGAACUCAUGUGCUAGCUCACACCAAGUCUCUAACUCACCCACCAUCCCCCAUGAUGAUCAGAUGGUAGAGCAGGAAUUGAUGGAACAAUUGUCUGUUGCAUUAGCUAGGGAAGAUAUAGUAAUUGUUACAGAUUUAUCCUCUCAAAGUCAAAAAGCGGUCACUGUUGAAGGCAACCAUAGUUGCCGAGGCUCCGACUCAUCUGUUACAACUUCUAUUUCUUCGUCUUAUAUCUCUAAUUCUUCAAGUCCAGAUGAUUUGCUGAAAGCCAAG